CUCAGUCAAGUUCCUUCCUGGCAAGAUGAAGUCCACCGUCUUCUUCAUCCUUGCUCUGCUCCUCAUUCUGGAGGCAUCUGGCAGGAGGCUGCGUGCUCCUGUUAGAUCACAAGACCCUCUGAUAAGCCGUGUUUGGCACAAAGAAGUGGAAGAAACAGAAUCAAGCCGAGGUCAAGAUUUUGACAAACGCCGCUUCUGGGAGAAAGAUGACCCCACAGGAGAACGAGUUUCAGUGCGGCACGAACACCUUGAGAAAAGUCACAUUCGGUUCAAAGAAGAUUCCGUGGACGACGCAGGUUCAGUGGGUGGUCUCGAUCCUUUAAAAGGACACCUUCGGCUCAAACGACAUGAUUCCAUGGAAGAACUAGUUUCAGUUGAAGAUCAAGACUCAGCUAAUGUUGGGGAUCCUGCGAAAAGUCACAGUCAGCAUGUUUGACUCCUUUAAGGUGGAUCCUGUCCUGGCUGCUCCUGUCCCUGGCCCAGGCCUGCAGGCCUCUCUGUAGUCCCAGCUACCGGUAGCACCAGGCUUUCAUGCGUUGCCCAUUCUUCCAUUCUGGAUGCCCAAGCAUGUCCCUGACUUUCUCAUCUACUUUCCAAUAAAAAGAUCUUCUGCUUCA